GUAGAAGAUCUGAAGAACUGUUGAAGUACAUCAUCAGAAUGCUGAAAGAUCGCGGGGGAAAGUGUUUGAGAGAACGAACGGGAUAGCCAAGCGGGACAUAAUAUGCAGUUUCUUUUCGAUGAUCAUCAAUAACUGCAUGGCUUGCGUCGUCACGGAUUCUGGGGACUUUGUGAGAGAACCUUAGAUAUCUCUAAUAUAGUUUGAGAUGAGAUUCCAUCAGCAUGCCUAAUCAGGUUUCAUCGGUGGUGGUGACUUCCAUUCCUCCACCUCCUCCUCCCCCCGUUCUCUCCAGGUGGUUGGAUAACUUUUUGGCCGGUGAUGAGGAGGUAAAUGGGCUCCCGGAAAAAGACACCUCCUUCUUCGGAAUAUUAGCCAAGUGUUACUGGGGCUUUCCCGUUGUUGUCUGUGUCAUUGAGUUGGUAAUCUUUAUAUUGAUGGGAGCUACGGUCAUUUUGCUACAUGGUUUGCCUACUUUUGAUGAUGCAUCAAAGGGUGUUGAAGCCAGAGGAACCUUUAUUCACGAUCGUCUCAUCGCCUUUGAAAAUCUUUUAAACGAGACAGAAGUGUUUUCUGUAAUCCCAAAUGGAGUAGACAUCACAAUGGAUGAAUCAAACCUUCAGUCAUUACCAUCCGUUAACGAAACAAGGACAGAAGGCACCAUUAAUUUCUGUGGAACUCCAGAUAUAAAAGGAUUCCGGAUGGUUUUCAAGUCUUCAUCAUCCAACCUCCCCAACCUCCUCUCAAGUGAACAUCUAAUAUCCAUGUGCCGUCAAGAUGACGUCAUUGUUCGGAACUCAUCUCACUUUCAAGCAUCUUGUAAGAGAGACACUUCAGGAGCCUGCUGUGCAACAUGGUCUCUCGCCAACUAUAUCGCCAACAUGAACAACAGGGGAUCUUGCCUUGAUGUAACAGAUGAUGAUGUCGGUCGCACGAAAGCUCUUCUUCGACGAUGCGCUCCUUUCUACGGUUCUGGCGAUCUUCAACCCGGUUGCAGUGAAGAUAAGAAUUGCUCAUCUCGGGUACCUGCUGAAUGUCUUGGAUAUGAUGAUGCAGCAUAUUUCAUCUUCUAUGUUCUCACUCCUGGAAUGUUCCCAUCAUCUCUGAACACCGACGAAGCUGAUUUAAACCUGAUGCUUCAUCUGUAUCCCUUGAGCGCUGAUGCAGAUGAAGUCAAGUCAAUCUAUCUGGAGAACAUCUACAACCAGGACCUGGAUGAUGGAAUUACCAUGGUAACAGGGAUUGGCGUGGACACCAGGAAGGUUAAAUUAAGCACCUACUCCAAUGCGCUGCGUGGAGAUUUCAUCUAUGUUGGUAUAGGAUGCACACUCAUUGUAGCAAUCAUCUGGAUCUAUAUGGAGUCACUGCUUACAUCCAUCCUGGUCCUCUUGCAGAUGGCGCUGUCGCUUAUGCUUGGAUAUUUCUUUCACUUUGUUGUUUUUCGCUUCGCCUUCUUCCCGUUCAUGUCACUCCUGGCGGUGAUCCUUGUGAUGGCAGUAGGUGCGGAUGAUGCCUUCAUCUUCAUGGACAUCUGGAGGAAGAACCUACAGGUAUCACCUGAUGAAUCCUGCGUGAAGGUCUUGAAGAUAUCCCUCGAGGAAGCGACAUUCACCAUGUUCGUCACAAGCUUUACCAAUGCUGCUGCUCUCUUUGUGACCGCUGUUAGUGCUGUUACAACUGUACGUCUCUUUUCAAUCUACUCUGGAAUGGUGAUCUUAACAAACUUUGUUCUUACAGUCAUCUGGCUCCCGCCUGCAAUCAUGGUGUCUGAGAAGUACAUCCAUAAAAGAAAAUAUGGAACAAGAACGUCUUCUGCAAGACACAAAGUAGUAUAUGCCAAGACAAAAAGAAUACUAGGUAAUAUCAUUUAUUCUAUCUUUAACGUUCAUCUGCCCAAGUUUGUGCUUAGAUUUCGUUUUGUGUGGCUAAUUGUAUUUCCCGUCCUCUUUGGUGGGUCAUUAGUUGUAGUUUUCUUCGCGCCAGGAUUAUCUCUUCCAUCCAGUGGGGAUAUACAAAUUUACACACCAACGCAUCCUAUUGAAAGAUAUGAUCAAGUUCUUAAAUUGAAAUUUGACUUUGAAAGUGCCAGUGUUAACAAACUUCCAGUCAUCUUUGUUUGGGGCAUUAUUCCACUAGACAAUGGUGAUCUAUGGAAUCCUGAUGACAGGGGUCAAGUACUGUUAGAUAAACCACUGACCCUUUCACAGGAGGACAGUCAACAGUGGCUUUCAAACUUUUGUAAGGAGGUGCGUCUACAAAGCUUUUAUCAAAUACCUUCAAUGGUCAAAGAAGACUGUUUUAUUGAAGCCUUCAAGAGAUUUAUGGAACAACCAUGUGAUGCUACAGGUACAGAUGACCGAAGACAUAAGUGCUGUAGCCAGACAGACUUUCCCUUCCUCUCAGACCUCUUUGAUGAGUGUCUUCCAAAUUUUAUUGCAGAUCGUUGCAAGAGAUAUCCCUGCGACAUGCCUAUUCCAGGUCUACGCUUUGGACGGAACAACUCAAUCAGUGCUCUUUACUUGCAGUUUGAAAGUUCUGUUCUUGAAAGGUUUGAGUUUCAAGAGACAAAUGAGUUCUGGAACAAUGCCACGUCCUGGAUGAGAGACCAGCUAACAUCAGCUCCUGAGGGACUCCGUAACGGUUGGUUUGUGACCAUCAGUGAUAAGCAGCCUUACUUUCUGGACAACACUCUGAGCUUUGCCAGAGGAGCCCGUACCUCUCUGGCCUUGUCCGUCUCAAUCGCUGCAGGAGUGGUCCUUCUAACCAGUCGAAACAUCAUUCUUGUCCUGUUCAUCAUAUUGUCCAUUGGAGGUGCAGUGAUCACCGCACUUGCUGCUCUUGUCUUUGCUGGCUGGGAGCUCAAUGUCUUUGAAUCAUCGAUGAUGGCACUUAUUGUUGGCCUGACGGUAGACUUUACUUUGCAUUACGGUGUAGCGUACCUUCAUUGUCCUGAGGAUGAUCGCAAAUCUCGAAGUCACUACUCCAUCUCCACAUUCUCUCGAGCAAACUCUAUGGCAGCACUAUCAAGUUUCAUUGCAGGAUCACUCAUGUUACCUGCUGAUGUUAUCAUCUUUAACCAACUUGGUCUUGCUCUUCAAAUUAUCAUGGUCUGUAGCUGGGCUACCGGGACUUUCUUCUUUAUUUCGCUCUGCCGCACGGUCGGCCCGGAGAAACGUCAAGGACAGUUGUCAUCUUGCUUUAAAAAAAGCAAUGGGAUUGAAAUUAAUUCUGUUAUUUGAAAGAAGCAUUAUUUGAAAAAGUGUUUUUAUGGUUGGAAAUGAUGGAAUGUCAUGGAUGUGUGGAGGCCAAGACCAUUACAUUGCUGAGUACUGUUCAUAAAUUGUGCUAUUUUGUUACAUCUUAAAUAGGAUGACCAAUAAAUGUUGGCCCGACUGUUUAGCAAUUUCUUAUUCAAACGAACUACAGGAAGAGCACAUAACUAAACAGAUUAUACAUGUGUAUGCAGGCAUAGACCCAAUAAGAACAUUUUUUUUCAUCUUCUAAGUAUGAAAUAUCACUGUAAAUACUAAAGAAAUAUAGAAUUAAUAUAAGAGACCAGUUUAUAUUUGUUAAUUUCGAUUAUUCUCAUAUUCAACCAAUUACCACGUUAUACAAAUAAACUACAGGAAGAGCAUUUAACUAAGCAGAUUAUAUACAUGUAUGCAGGCAUAGACCCCAAUAAGAAAACAUGUUCAUAUAUUUUGCAGUUUCAUUAAGUUUUAUUCAAUAUCCAGAAAUAAAGAUGAAUUAAUAUCAGAUAUAAAUAUAUAUCAUAAUCAUAAAGAGAAGAAUCUUAUCAAAACAUGUGACCUUUUUCUUCUUUCCAAUGUCAUAAUUAUUUUAAUGAGCAAAAAUUGUUGAAUAGGGAAUAAUCAAAGCACUGUUAUACCAAUUCUGUUGUUGUACCAUGAAAACUAUCAAUAUCCUUUAUCUAUGUAUUGAUUGCAUUUCACUACUUGCAAUACUUUCUUGCAAUCAUUUAACACUUGUUGAGAAAUGUAAUAAUAAGUGAAAUCACUAUGUUGCCAAUAUAGAU